AUGACGUACUUGCCGAUAUUGUGCGCUCUAGCGCUGACCAGUGUCCAAGUAUAUUCGCAGAUGCAAGUUUUGCGAGAAGAGGUAUCCAUACAAAAUCAAAAUGUAAAUAUAAUCGUAAAUCUGAAUCCACAAGAGGUAGCUGAGGAAUUAUGGAAGGUGAUACAAGCCCGUCUGAACAAUCGUACCGGUCAUCCUACUAGCUCGAGGAGUACUAUUCAAGAGCUCGAAAAAGCUGUGAUACCCCUUACGACACCCACUAGAAGGGGAACAUCACAGUCCGUUUUCCAAGUGGCAAGCCAACUCGAUAAGAUCGCUCGAAGAGCCCUCACCAGAGAUACGCCAAAUAGAAACCUGCUGGAUGAAGAAAUAAUGGCGAGAGAUAUCGUGGCAGACAUGAUGACUGCCCUGAAAGUGAUGAUCUCAAAAACAAUCCAGUCGAAAAUCGACGAGGCGAAUGUAUCUAGUAGAAGGACAAAUUCAAUUCACAGUCCUGUGAAGAUAUAUGACAACGAGAAGGACGAUUAUGUGAAUAUCAGAAUCAAGAUACGCAGACAGGAUAUCUUCGAUGCGAUUCAUUAAUUUGACAUCAUAUUUUGUUUCUAUUAAAAAGAAAAGAUUAUUUGGCCGAAAAAUAUUUGUAAAAUUAAUUAUACUGGAUUAAUGUAAUUAUUUGUUGAUAUCAAAUUUUGCUAGAAGGAGAGAUAUGUCUAAUAUUUGGUCUUUUCUUCUUUUUGUAAAUAAAUAUAAUAUAAUUUAACAAAAAUAA